GAGAGAGAGAGAGAGAGAGAGAGAGAAGUAUAUAUAAAGAGAGAUUUUAAAUAAUUAAGAAAGAUGAUGAUGGAUUACGAAUGGGGGAACCCGGCGAGCGCGGCGGCGGCGAUGCUGCUCUUCGGCGAGGAAUCGGGCGCCGACACGGGGCAGGAUCAGCGGGCGGUGUUCGACCACUACGGCGUGCACGGGCUCAACACGAUCGGCAUCAGCGACUACUUCCCGCAGCCGCCGCAGCCGCUGACGGCGGCGGCGCUCUUCUCGCCGUCGUCGUCGUCGUCGUCCUCCUGCCACCCGCGGUACGGGCUGGCGCUGCCGCCGGCGCCCACCCGGAUCGGGCUGAACCUCGGGGUGCGCACCUACUUCUCGUCGGCGUCCCCCGAGGACGAGCUGGCUGCUGCCGCGGGGAACCCGCCGCGCGCCUGCCGCCGCCGGACGCGCACCGCCCGCUGCCAGGCCGAGGGAUGCGGCGCCGACCUCACCCACGCCAAGCACUACCACCGCCGCCACAAGGUCUGCGAGUUCCACUCCAAAGCAUCCAUCGUCAUCACUGCCGGCCUCUCCCAACGCUUCUGCCAGCAAUGCAGCAGGUUUCAUGUGCUGGCGGAGUUCGACCAAGGGAAGCGGAGCUGCCGGAAGCGGCUGGCCGAUCACAACCGUCGGCGGAGGAAGUCUCAGGACCUAUCGACGGCUCCGAUCAGCUCCCAGGCUAAUAACAACGCACCCAAUAUUGCAAACACAAACAGCAGCGGCAGCAGCGGCAUAACAACUUCCCACUCUCCGGCGAAACCAGAGACCGCUCUAUUCAACAACAACAACAAUAACAAUAAUAAUAGUAGUACUAAUAAUAAUAAUGAUAUUAAUAACGAUAACAACAACAACGACGACGACGACGAUGACGGCGGCCAAAUUAACAAUCGAAACAGCGCGUUCUCGGCGUUCAUCGGGUGCAACCCGGAGGGGGAUUCGAGCGCGAGCCACGUGUCAUCCACGCUGGCCCCCCCGGUGGCGCAGGUGGCGCUGGGGCUGGGACGCAGCAGCGGCAUCGUCACGCCGGUCGCGAAUGCGAUAAUGGGUUUGUCGGCGACGUCGUCGACUGGGACGACAUCGCCGACUAGCAUGUCGUUCUUGCCGCACCUCGGCGAGCAGAGGUUUUCGAGCUGGGUGGCACCAACAAGGGCGGCUGAAGAUGAUAGCUGUAUUAGAGGGAUCUACCAGAGCAAGUAGUUAGAUUAACUACUACUACUACUACUACUACUACUACUACUACUACUUUUUGUGGCUUUAGUUUAAUUUAGUGUGUUCCUUAGCAGCUUUUUUGUGUUUGU